ACAAAAGAAUAGAAUAGAAUAGAAUUUUUUUUUAUUGGCCAAGUGUGAUUGGACACACAAGGAAUUUGUCUUGGUGCAGAUGCUCUCAGUGUACAUAAAAGAAAAGAUACGUUCAUCAAGGUACAACAUUUACAACACAAUUGAUGGAUGAAAGAGUGGUGGAUCCAAGUCGGUCUGCUGAUGCUACCCCUGCUGGCCGUUUACCUCCACAUCCCGCCUCCCAAGCUGUCUCCGGCUCUCCAUUCCUGGCGGUCCUCGGGGAGUUUCUUCACCUACAAAAGCCAGAACAUUUUUUUCAGAGAUUCGCCCGGCGCUGUCGGAAGUUCGGACAUCGUGGUCCUCUUGCAUGGAUUUCCGACCUCGAGUUACGACUGGUACAAGAUUUGGGAAGGCCUCACGCAACGAUUUCAUCGCGUGAUCGCGCUGGAUUUUGUGGGGUUUGGCUUCAGCGACAAGCCUCGGCCUCACGCCUACUCCAUCUUCGAACAAGCCAGCAUUGUCGAAAGCCUGUUGCGCCACCUGGGCCUCCUGAACCAACGGAUCAACCUCCUUUCGCACGACUACGGGGACACCGUCGCACAGGAGCUGCUCUACAGGUAUGAACAGAAUAGAACGGGAUGCGUCCUCAUCAAUAGCCUGUGUCUGUCAAAUGGAGGCAUCUUUCCAGAAGUCCAUCAUCCCAGAUUCAUCCAGAAGAUUCUCAAAGAUGGCGGGCUGCUAUCGGCCAUUCUUACUCGGCUAACAAACUAUUUCGUCUUCACCAAAAGCCUGGCCGAAGUCUUCGGCCCGCACACCCAGCUUUCGGAAGCCGAAUUGUGGGACAUGUGGACAGCCCUGCGAACAAACGACGGAAACCUUGUGGUGGGCAGCCUUUUGCACUACAUCAGCCAGCGGAAGCAACACAGAGACCGCUGGGUGGGAGCCCUGCAAUCCGCCUCCGUUCCCUUACAUCUGAUUUAUGGACCACUGGAUCCGGUCAACCCUCACCUGGAAUUCCUUCCGCUUUACAAACAGCUGCUUCCCGUGUCGACAGUGACGGUGCUAGAUGACCACAUCAGCCAUUAUCCACAGCUGGAGGAGCCUCAGGGUUUUCUGAACGCAUACCUAAACUUCAUCAACUCCUUCUGAGCCACAGACACGAUGGACAGAAACCAUUCCCGCUCCUCUGAGGAGAAUUUUGCCCUCUGGAGCAAUAGGAGAGGCGUGGGAAAAGCGGAUGGAAACUCCGGACGGCGGUGAACCAGCCUUUGAAGCAAUCUCUGCGUCGGCGAGUAAAUUGACAGAACCUAGCCGACGGAUUGAUGGGGACGGUGGAGGGGUCUGAAUCAGUUUGGAGGGAGCCCCCCACCCCGUUCCUGCCCCUCCCAAAAAAUCCUGCCUCUGGAAGAUGCGGGGAGACAAAGCCCAGGUGAAUAAGCGAGCAGAAAUGAGAAUGGCGCAUCAGGAUCGUUCGACGUUACAGCGACACUGAAAAAAAGGGACCCGUGAGCGUUUUUCACACUUAACGACCGUUGUAGCAGCCCCGCGGUUAAGUGAUCGAACCGUGGACCCUUGGUACCUGACUCAUAUUUAAGACAGUUGUGGUGUCCCGGAUCAUGGGACCGCCUUUUGCUACAAACUGCUUUGAAACUCAUCGGAUUUGGUACUUGACGCAUUUUGACGCAAAAAGUUUGCCCCCGGACCAAUCGUUUAGCCCUCGGCGCACAAGCUACAGGCAGUCCUUGACUUACGACAACGGAGCCUCAAAUCCGUUGCUGCGAAGCGAGACAUUUGUAAAGUGAGCUUUGCUCCAUUGUACGACUUUUGUUGUUAAGUGAGUGGAUCCGGCUUCCCCCUUGAUCUUCGCUUGUCGGAAGGUCGCAAGAGGGGAUCACGUGACCCCAGGAUGUCACGACCCGUCGUCAGUAUGAGUCAGUUGCCAAACGCCUGAGGUUUGAUCAUGGGGACACAGGCAUGCUGGAAUGGACGUAAGGCGUGGAAAAAUGAUCCUUUUCCCCCCUGUACCGUCGUAACUUUGAAUGGUCACUAAAUGAACCGUUGUAAAGCUGAGGACCGCCUUAUGGCACCCUUGAUGAGCUUCGUCUUCUGUAAGUUUGCCACGUCCGUUUAAAUUGUAAAUUUGGGAACGCAACUCUGGAUUAUAUAAAGGCAUUCUUUUGAUUAUU